GAGCUGUCCUGCGCCGCACCCUGUUGCGUUGGGUCCCGCGAGUCCGGCGGUACUCCCGCGGGGGAGUGUGGUUUCUCCCAACAGUGUUCUGAUGUUCAUUUGGAGAUUCUGCGGGUCAAACUGAAUUUAGAAGAGAGCGUGAGUCGUGAGCGCAGCGCCAUCCGCUGUGCCAUCAUCAAGAAGAGACGGCAGCUGCUGUCUGAGAAGGUGUGUGAACACUGGCAUCAGCUGCAGGCUGUGAGUGCUUCUUCUGACGUCACGGUGGAUCAGUACCUGCAGAGAUGGACAGAAAUACUGAUGUACCAGAGCAAUGAAUUAUCAGAACUCAUCAAUCACCUGGAUGAAGAGACGGCAGGCAGGACACGCAAGAUGAGUCUGUGUUUGCUGCAGAGUUCACUAGCGGAGCUGAAGGCGCAUGCGUCUGCGUGGUGUCCAGGAUCUGCGCAGCUGCUGCCGCAGACGGAGGAGAUUCAGGAGCGUCUGCAGCGUCUGGGGAAAGCAGCGGCCCGCGAGCUGCGGUCCGCUCAGAGCUGCAUCCGACAGCAGCAGCAGCAGGAGCUUCAGGAGCAGCGGAGCAUCAGAGACGCCUUCAGAGAAUACUGCAGCUGUGUGUGUGCGUGUCUGCGCUCUCUCUCGCGUGAGCAGCGUCUGCGUCUGCAGCUGGAGUGUGUGAAGGCUGCGUGUCGUCUGGAUCGCUGUCUCGCUCUUCCACACGCCGUCUGUGAGCUCAAACAGCACGACGCUGACCCCAGUGACCUCGCCGUGACCCCUGCAGACGAGGAGACGGAGAGGUCAGAGGUCACAGAGCUGCAGUGUUUCCAGAGGUGUCUACAGGAGCGACUGCAGAAGAGCGACACACAGAGAGACGCGCCGCAGAGGGAGCAGCAGCUGCGUGUGUGUCAGGAGUGUGUGGCUGUGUUUGUGGCAUCGCUGCACUGGGAACAUGCGGAGAAGAAAACAAAAGUGACGGAGACACACACAGCCCUGCUGCAACUACAAACACUCCUCAGACCAGAGAUACUUCACAUUGACAUUACACACACCAUCAACAAUCACCGGCUGGCUCUUGAGGAGGCGGAGCUCCGGCUUCAACAGGAGGAGCUGAAGUGGGAGGAGUCAGUGAAUGGGCGGGGCUGUUCGAGCUCAGAUGAUGAUGAUGAUGAUGAUGAUGAUGAAGAGGAGGAUGUGUUUAUGGUGGACGGUGGAGUCAAUGCUGUCCUGCAGGAGGUGAUCUUCAGAAGGCAGCCUUUGAUUGACAGGAUCUGGAGUUUACAGCAGCGUUGGUCAAACAGUCUCUGAUGUCUGUUCCUGAUCUCCACAAAGUCCUGCGGCUCCUGCUUCCUACAGUACCUGAAGGAGAACUGCUGUCACUCGUAGACGCACUAGGACCCAGAGUCGGGGAAUCAGGAAGCUGCUCGUCUCUGGCAGACAGACUGAGACACGAUGUGCUGAGCAGAAAUCUGUCUGACGCUCUUCAGCACAGAGACAGAGACAGGUUCCUCAAGAAGCGUCAGAAGCU